UUGAUCGCAUUCAACAGUGUGAAGUGCGGUGACGUGAGUGUUACGGACGUAGGCUAAAACUUCGUAAAGUCUAAGAAGACUUUUCGCCACGUACUAGGAUUUUGCGGUCGUAACACUUAUUAUCUCUUAGCUUCACAUUCAACUUUACUGAAACAUUUUUCCCCAUCCAAGAGGAAACAACACGGCGCUUGGCUAGCCAGUUAGCUAGCUAACAGCAAUAGUGUGCUGUAACGAUAGCAAUGUAAAUCAGGAGUUAUGUAAGGGAAGUCUAGUUUUAUCACCUGAGCCACAUCAUGAUAUGGACUACGGACUACUCGACUGAACAUCACUAACAUAAAGUCUGGAGAAACCGCACCGUUUAGCUUGCUAACAUUAGCCCACCUGCGGAAGAGGGAAAUAUCAGAUAGAACUGUCACGAUGAAUUCUCUGCUCCGGGGUGAAGAGAUGUGUUUGGCCCAGCUGUUUCUACAGUCUGGGUCCGCGUACGACUGCAUUAGUGAACUUGGAGAACUGGGGCUUGUAGAGUUCAGAGAUCUCAAUCCCACUGUUAACGCAUUCCAGAGAAAAUAUGUGAACGAGAUCAAAAAAUGUGAAGAAAUGGAGAGGAUCCUCGGAUACCUUCUGAGGGAAAUCAAGAAAGCGGAUAUUUCACUGCCAGAAACAGAUGUGAACCCAGCAGCUCCUUUACCCAAGCAUGUCAUGACUAUAAUGGAGCAGCUGCAGAGGCUAGAGGUGGAAUUAGGUGAAGUCACCAGGAAUAAGGAGAAGCUGCAGAGGAAUCUGCUGGAGUUGACAGAGUACACACACAUGCUGCGCAUCACACGCACCUUUGUCCAAAGAAAUGCUGAGCGGGAGCCCUUGCAAGUACAGUAUGAGGAGUUUCCCUUCCUGGAAAAAGACACACUGAUGGACUACAGCAGCAUGCAGAGGCUAGGAGCCAAACUGGGUUUCAUUUCUGGCCUUAUUCAGAGGGUGAAGAUCGAGAAAUUUGAGCGAAUGCUUUGGAGAGUAUGUAAAGGCUACACCAUCCUUAGCUAUGCUGAAGUUGAAGAGUCUCUGGAAGAUCCUGACACGGGUGAGCCUACCAAAAGUGUGGUGUUCCUGAUUUCCUAUUGGGGAGAUCAAAUUGGUCAGAAAGUGAAAAAGAUCUGUGACUGCUACCACUGUCACCUGUACCCCUAUCCCAGUAACAAUGAGGAGAGGAACGAUGUUGUGGAAGGACUAAGAACUCGCAUUCAGGACCUGAAAACUGUGCUUCAUAGGACAGAAGACUAUCUGAGACAGGUCCUGAUCAAGGCUUCAGAAUCUGUCUACACCUGGGUCGUCCAGGUCAAGAAGAUGAAGGCCAUCUACUAUGUUCUGAACCUGUGUAGUUUUGAUGUGACCAAUAAGUGUUUGAUCGCAGAGGUGUGGUGUCCUGUCAGUGACAUUCCUGCACUGCGGAGAGCGCUAGAAGACGGAUCGAGGAAAAGUGGAGCGACAGUUCCUUCCUUUGUUAAUCGUAUCCCCACAACUGACACUCCUCCAACCCUGAUAAGGACCAACAAGUUUACCUCUGGAUUUCAGAACAUUGUGGACGCCUAUGGAGUGGGCAGCUACAGGGAAGUAAACCCUGCUCCAUUCACAAUCAUAACUUUCCCAUUCUUGUUCGCUGUGAUGUUUGGGGACCUUGGUCAUGGCGUUCUCAUGGCUCUGUUUGCUUUCUGGAUGGUUUCAUAUGAAAACCACCGCAAACUUAAAAACACCAGGAAUGAGAUCUUGAACACAUUCUUCGAGGGGCGUUAUAUCAUUCUGAUGAUGGGACUGUUCUCUAUCUACACUGGGCUGAUAUACAAUGAUUGUUUCUCAAAAUCUCUCAACAUCUUUGGUUCUGGAUGGAGUGUGUUACCCAUGUUUGAUAAGAACGUGUGGAACAAUAAAACAAUCCAAGACAAUGACCAGCUAACUUUGGAUCCAGCUACUCCAGGUGUUUUUAAAGGGCCGUACCCUCUGGGAAUUGACCCGAUUUGGAACUUGGCAACCAACCGCCUUACAUUUCUUAACUCCUAUAAGAUGAAGAUGUCAGUGAUAUUCGGGAUCCUACACAUGAGCUUUGGGUUAAUCCUCAGCACCUACAAUCAUCUAUACUUCAGGAAGAAGUACAACCUGUACUUGGUGUUCAUCCCUGAGCUCGUGUUUAUGCUGAGUCUGUUUGGAUACCUGGUGUUCAUGAUAUUCUAUAAGUGGCUCGCCUUCUCGCCUAAGGACUCCAGAUACGCUCCAAGCAUUCUCAUCCACUUCAUAAACAUGUUCAUCAUGCAGGAUGAUAGUUCAUUGAAGCCCCUUUACCCAGGACAGAAAGGUCUGCAGAUAUUUCUAGUGAUCAUUGCUGUUCUCUCUGUGCCUGUUUUACUCCUGGGGAAACCCGUCUACCUUUAUUGGCUAAGAAAUGGAAGUCACCGCUUGGUAAUGUACAGGGGAUAUGAGCGUGUGCGACGCAGCAGUGAUGAAGAUCUCUGCCUGAUGAGGGCUCAUGACAUGGAGGAGGGCAGCAAUCACAGUGAUCUGUCUACUAGUGGAGAUCACCAUUCAGAGGAGUUUGACUUUGCAGAGGAGAUACUUCAUCAGUCCAUUCACACCAUAGAGUAUUGCCUGGGUUGCAUCUCCAACACAGCCUCUUACCUAAGGCUCUGGGCUCUAAGCUUGGCACAUGCCCAGCUGUCAGAGGUGCUGUGGGCCAUGGUCAUGCGAAUAGGACUACGAAUGGACCCAAAACUUAGGGUUUUAGUCCUGGUGCCAUUGUUUGGCUUGUUUGCUGUCCUCACUGUGUCCAUCCUCCUGGUAAUGGAGGGUCUCUCUGCGUUCCUUCAUGCCCUUCGGCUACACUGGGUGGAGUUUCAGAAUAAAUUCUACAGUGGGACUGGCGUCAAGUUUUGCCCAUUUUCCUUCUCUCUCCUACCAUCUUGCUUUGAGCAGGAUGGGUUACUGUGAAGUGACUAUUGAGAAAUUGUCUUAGUUGGUAACCAGAACCAAAACAAGCCAACAGGGUUCUGUACUUGUGAAGACCUUUUCCAGAGGUAUGAUCAAAUAGUUUGGAUAUUUAUUCUCAUUUUUUAUUAUUUACAUUUCAUCUAAAGAAAUGUAUGGCGAGAUUCAGAAAUUCAUGUAACUUUAGAUUCUUUUGUAUCAGGAUCAUAAAGUUUCACUGCAGAGUGUUUGUUGGGUGAAAUGUUAGCCUCAGAUUUAACAUGCAAGUCAUCAAAUUUUUAUAAGGUACAAUUGUUAAUGGUUAUUGAUGUCACUUGCAUGGAGAGACAAAUCUUCCAAAUGCAGGAUCAAUAUAUAAAAAUGUAAUGUAUAAAAUUUUAGUAUUAGCCGACAUUAGCAGUAAUAAGAAAGCGAAGGGCCGUAACAUUUGGCUACUUAGAAAACACCUUUGGGAUAAAUAUGUUGGUAGUUUUGACCUUACUGUGGGAAUUUGUGAUCUAAUAAGAUGGAAGUUUAUUUAUUACUGUGUGUUUCCUCAUUUUCUUCUUCUUUAACAAGUUUUUGUCAUUAAUUUCAGCAUCCUGGUUUAUGUGUUUAUAUUAACUUUUUUUUCCCAAGGAGUUUUUGUUUUGGCAGAUUUGGUUUCCACACAGUAGAUAGUGAGCCAACCUCUCAUUUACAUUGCUCGACUUUAUUGCACUGACUGCCUUACCAAAAUUACCACCCCACGACAGCAUAAUGUAUCAUCCUUAAUGCCCAGCUUGUAGUACCAAAACAAAGCAAAGGAUCCCUGACUUUUAACUUUUGAAAAGUGCUUGAGCAGGUGUGUGAAGGGAUGUAAAUACUUUUAUUACUUUCAUGCAUUCACAGUGUUGCCUUUGCACCUACUACUUACUGUAUAGCUUAAAAUUCCUACCAUGGAAAAGCUCGCAUCCUUUGACUCAGCUCUGCUGGUCACGAGCCUUUUACUUUCAAACAUCCUUUGAUGGGUGAAGAUUGGAGGUGUUGUACUCAUGCCAGGCACUACUGUUUGCUUAUUUUCUAAAAGUGUACUGUAUAGGAUUGGUAUUGGAGUUGGUAAAGGGAAGUUCUGUCAGUUUUUUUUCUUUUUCUUUUCAGUGGCUCAUUGUAAUGUCAAAUCUUUGUGACAGAAAUAGCAAUCCGUGUUUUGUUGAAUCAAAUUGUUUCAUUAUUAAUUGAUUCGUUAAAGCUAAAUUGUUAAAAUGUAGAUUGAAGGUGUAUUCUAAUUUCUUAUGAUGCUACCCUUUUAAUAUCAUGUAUUUUCUGAUCAUACACUUCAGGUUCUAACUCUUUUACAACAAAUGUCUGUUCUUUCUUAUUGUCAAUAAAAUGUAUUUGAGGUAUUUUUUCCU